AUGUUCCCAGGCCAUUCGACGCUGUUUGCCCUCCUCAUCUGUGCUGUGCUGAUUCCACAUACAAGGGGUAUAUCCCACUCACAGUGCACCAUAACAAACAGCACCAGAAAUGUUUGCUUUUCGCCUGUGUGCAUUUCAUUGGCAGCUGUGUGUGGCGACGGCGUUCGGGGUGGGGACGACUGUGAUGACGGGAAUGAGGUUGACGGGGAUGGCUGCUCGGGGGCGUGCACCAUCGAGACCGGCUAUGAGUGCGACCCCAACAGCAAUCCAUCCAUGUGUGCCUCAACAUGCGUUGGGGAGAGCGCCCUCAUAGUCUGGAGCCCUCCCAAUAGACGUUACAGCGGCAGCAAUGUUCUCGACCCCGGAAAGCAGUACAAGGUGCCGAAUAAGGAAGAAUGUGCCCGUCUGUGCCUGUCGAGACACGACUGUGCUGUUUUCGAGUGGAAGAGCCCGACCGACCUGUGCGCCAUGGCUGGAACAAGCAACCUAGCGGACAACCCAGAGACGGCAACGUUCUCCGGUCGUAAGGUUUGUGUGGAGCAGUGCAGCGCUAUCGAUCGGCCUGAAGAGGAAUGCUAUAGUGAGCAAACACAACCGCCACAACCAGAGAGACACAGGUGUGUUGGGUGUGCCAUUUGGUUGGUUUGUUGUGUGUGUAGGUUUUCCCUGCCGCAUCGAGUGGGAGUGGCAUAUGGUGCCCAACUUUACCGGCUUUCACCAGCACCCCUUCAGCUGCCAAGACGACGCCCUGGUGGGAGCCAAACUAAUCCACGUUGGUACGUUUGUGUGGACUUACAGUGGCAUCAAAGUGCCUGUAUGUACAUGUAUAUAUGAACGCAUGUGCAGGCAGCGAUGCCGCCUGGCAAUAUGAAUGCUGCCCCCAGCCCAAUCGGACGACUUUAAGCGAUGAGACAGAGGCGUGGACAGACGAAAUCGGAGCAUCAAGCUGGAAGGUGUAUGUCCAAAUGUUCAACCCGGACUCGCCCAUCUCAUGCCCCGACAACAGCGUACUCACAGGGAUGCACUUGAAGAAGCUUGACGGGCCAACCAGGACGCAGUGGGAGUAGGUGGGGGGCAGAGAUGGUUCUUGAACUUCUUGCAACCCAUUGACGUGCUGCGUGGGACAAAUGUGUUGAUUCUCAGGUACAACUGCACGGAUCUCACGGCCUACACCCAGACUCAGCGGGACAACAUCUUCUGCCAGUGGCACUCCGUGGCCACCGGUGCUGGUCAUGGCUCCAUUUUUACGCGUAAGGCAUUUGACGAUUUACCCUCCCAUUCAGCACGUUCUUGUUCCCUUUGUGCUGGUGGGUGGCUGAAUGCAGCCGAUUCCUGGCGUGAACUGGAACACGCGCCACUUUCGUGUGAAACUCAUGAAGCCUUGAAUUUUGUGAAUAUGACAGUCGAUUGGCAAUCAGGACCUGAAUGUAAGUCAGUGAGAGAGCGGGCCGCGUGAGCUCUCCUUCCUUUUCUCUUUCUUUGAUCUUUUUGUUUCUUUCUGCUUGUUCAGCCUCGUUUGAUGUGACGUUUGACUACCGAUGCUGCUCUGUCACCUUGUGUGGCGACGGAUGGGUAGGACAUGAAGAGAUAUGCGACGAUGGGAAUGUCGUCAAUGAUGACGGAUGCCGUGACAACUGCACUGUCGAGCCGGGAUGGCUAUGCCUUGUGCCAGGCAGCCCCUGCUGUAAGUCUGGGAAGAGAGACAGAUCGAUAUCAUUACAAUGGCUUGCAUUCUUUGUAUUUUUCUGAAGUUUCCGUGACGACAACGUCUUCCCCCACGCCGACACCCUCCCCCACCCCGACACCGUCCCCCACCCCGACACCCCUUCCAACGGCGCCGCCAGUGGACGACUGCUACUGCUCGGAGGGAUCCGGAUGCGGUAAGCGCACCCGAAGGGGACAAAAUUAUGCUUCACUCGGGCUAUGACUGCUCUACUCUAUAGACAACUCCGUCUGCAGUAACUGCAGGAUUCGAUUCGGUGACGUUCUCGAACGUUGCACGAGACUCGCGCUUACUUUGUUUUGUAUUCAGACACUCCGGUUCGGUACGCCUGCUACGCCAAUUGGACCUCCGACCAGUGUAUGGAAGCCGGCGACAACUACACUUGGUGCGGCGGAGGUGAGCCAUUCACCACGUGCCUAUACCAUCCAUCCGCCUGAUGUGUCAGGGACAGCUUCCCCUCCGGUUGUCACCACACCGCCCACCGAGGUCACGUCCCCGCCCACAAGCCCUCCCUCCUUCAUCGACAAUAUCACAGACGACGACGUCGGCAAAAUCAAGGUGACCACGGGUAUACAAUGCACAAGCCCUUCGACACUCACUCUCUCCAUUGACGUCGCUUCUGACAACAGGAAGGGGAUUCGCUCAAUGACACGGAAGUGGGGAAGGCGAUCGAUGAGCUGCUGGAGGAGGAGGAGGACGCACCGCCAAUUGACUCUGUGGACGCCUUCGCCGAUCGGCUGGUGCGUGCGAUCCAAGUGGCCGCUGCGCUCAAGAACGCAAGCAGAGACAGCAGCCUUCCCAACGGCACCGAGGGAGACACCAAGGCGCAAAAGCGAGUGAUAAUGAGGGCACUACUCAAAGACCUCAACAAGGCACGACGACCAACAUCCUCUUGCCAGAGCGUCUCUGUGCCACUCAUCGUUCCACGUCGUGUAUGGUGUCUCUCAUUCAGGUGGCCACCGAGCGAGGACGUCUGGGUGACGUGUCGAGCAGCGGAAGUGAGGUGCUGCUGUCCGCCGCUACACUCGCCACAACCAUCGAGGCCGCUGACGAGGCCGAGACCGACGAGAUCGACGACACCGCAAUGGCCGUCAACACAUUCGCCUCACUCGUCACUGUCUCGAGGCGCGCCAUCGCACAGACCGACAACGCGACACCACAAGAGAAAGCCAAAGCCCUCAGUGGCGUCGGCCAUUAUCUUGAUGCGGCCGCGGGCCUCUUCAGGCAGCUCAACCGCACGGCCAAGUCGCUACGGGCACCGAAUCGACGGCUCAGUGGAGACGGAGCCACACCGACAUAUAACGAUAUGGCGUGGGACAUUCGCAACACGACGAGUCAACUGGGCGACAGCUUGGUGUCUCGCGUGGCUUUGCUCGAGGAGGGCAAGCGCAGCGUCGAAGUGGCGAGUGCCGAGGGCGGGACAAGCAUGCGGGUGGCAACAAGGGACCAAGCUGACGAGGCCAUGCUCUCGAUGGGGACGGCCGAGCAGAGUGUGGCCGUCGGAUUCCCAUCAGCAGUAGACUCGUCGACCACCAACUGCGGCGGGCAAAUGAACACCGCUGAGAGUGUGCAGCUGGUGUGGUGGUCCGACGACCCAUUCCAAUAUGCCUCCAGUGAUGAGCAGCAAGACCCCGCCAACGUGACGACCAACAACACACUCACACGUGCCGCUGCACAAGGCACAUUCACCAUCUCGGUACGCAAGUGAGACGCAUCCAUCCGUGCCUCCAUUCAAGGCCCUUGUCUGCCUCUGCCUCCAUUUGUGUGUGCGUGUUCGUACCAUUAGGGCCGUCGGUGCGGUAGCGACAUGCAGCUGAGGGCGUCGGCGGGCGGCGAGCCAUUUCGCAUUUUCCUGCCCCGGCCGCCUUCCCAUCAGCUGAGGAGGUCUCUGCAGCAGACGGCCAACGGCAACAUGACAGUGGUCGUCGAGGACGCCUGUGGAUUCUGGAACGACACAACAACGCAAUGGGACACACAGGGUGGGUGGGUGGGUCGAUGAGCGAGCCAGCAACUUACAGCAGUGGCCGUCUUGUGCUGACAGGCUGUCGUGUGAAUGAGGUGCUGUCCAACAGCAGCACGCUGUGCUGCGAGUGUGACCAUCUCACUGACUUCGGCAGCGUCUUCAGGUGACACACCCUCAAUGAGUCACUCACCGCACAUAUAUACAGAGAUAUGUGCGUGCAUACUGCAGGAGUGUGAUAGUUGACAGCAGCAUAGCGGAUGUCUUGGGUGGUGCCGAUGAAUCGCUCAAGAGGAUUGGCGACAUCACCGCAAUUGUGCAGAACGUCGCCGGCAUCUUCGUUUUCAUCAUGAUUGCCAUCCAUCUCGUCUGCCUCGCCGUCUCCAUCUACUUCGACUGCAAACACCCGUACCAAUGCAUUCAAGCAGACAGACAGACAGACAGACAGACAAUGACAGCAGUACUUACAGGGCUCGCUAACACACCCUGCUGUGGUGUGUGCAGCAUCACCAAUGAAAUCCUCUUGGACAUCUGGAUGACGGACCCACUUCUGGUGAGUGUACGGAAGACAUUCGCCUCAUGGCAUAGAUUCGCAUCCUUCUAUGCGGCUCACAGGAUGCUCGACACACUGCGGUCAGCACUGGAGGAUUCCAUCAACCGGGUCAAUCUUGUGUUGCCCCUGUUUGUCCUCCUUCGUUGCUUGCGUGCCCAUGCCCGUGCGCAGCGUACGCGUCUGCAGAAGGUCAGCAGGGACUGUUGGAAGGUUGGCCGUCUGUAUGUGUGUGUGCAUGUGCAGGGGAUACAUCAAUGCAGCCGGAGGGCGUACCACCCCUUCUGGUGCGACUUCCUGGUGUGCCGCAUCGUCGGCGGCUGCUGGCUCUUCUGCAAGCGAAGGGAGCCGACUGUCCACCUCCAGGAGCUCCGGACACUCAGACAAGUCAGACAAGAGCUUUUGCACGAGCCGCCGAAGCAGCGACCCCGCGAGGACAGUCUCGUCGCCAUCGAGCAGGCAAAGCCUCCAGUGGUGAGCAACAUGCCGAGUUCUACUGACAAGAAGCCAUGGUAAAAAUGGGGGAGGCAGAGAACGAUGUACAUCCAUUGCGUACUCUCGCUCUUGCAUCAGGUCGGAUGGAGCAAGAGUGCGCCGCUUCUCUCUGUCGACUGCCUUGACGGGACAUCAAGCGGACACGGCGCAAACAGACAGCAAGAGCCUACGAUACCGAGUGCAGGAAGCCUUACCCAGCUUGACCGAUUUCAUCAAGUAUGCAUUCGUCAAGAAACAGCAAGAAAACAGCCCGAGUUCCCGCUUUGAGGUCAAGAAAACGGCGACGGACCUCAGUGUCUCGGGCCCUUUACCCAAGCAGGACCCCAAUUGGAGCGUCAUGCCUCAGUCGCCGCUCUCUCUAGCCGGCGACGAACCAUCAGGCACAUACGGUGCGUCGUCGCCGGCGCGUAGGCGGGCGAGUGUUCAGAGUGUAGAUUCACAGGUCAGCGAAGACCACAAGUCUGAGAACGAAGAGCGGGGACCACAGCAAGGGCCCAGAGGUCUAUCGUUUGCGCCGUCCGUGGGCGCCCAAGUACACAGCCCACGCACAGGGUCAAUCUCAGUCUGUCUAUGUGCACACCCCCUCUGUUCUGCACCAUCAGAUGGACGCCAGAGGGAUGCAGAUAUUUCAGCAGCUGAUGAGAGAAGAGAAGAGAAAUACUGUCAACCUCGUCAAGUGAGGGCCCUGCCUUUGUCAGUCGCAAUGUGCCUGCUACCAAUUGCCUGUCCUCGCAGGAGUGGUGUGUUGAAAGAGGCAUUGAGGCAGAGACUUCUCCUCGAACUCCAGCGGCAGCAGGCGGGAGCCGUCUUGAUUCAACGGCACUGGCGUGCCCUUCUUACCCGCAAGAAAGGACAGAAGGCCUCGACGCAGUUGAAGGAAGGGGAGCAGGUUCCUGAUAUUGAAGACACGCCCUCGGCAAAGCUGUUCGGCCGUCCUCAGAAGAAGGGCACCAUCGAAAUGGAGGACGAGAGGCAGGGCCAGAUGCAGCCGGAGGAAGGGGAAGAGGAAGUACCGCAAGACGAACGCAAGCACCGGAAGGGAUUUGAGGAUGUUGCUGCUCCGGCCUCCGACUCUGCCCAGUCACCUGCCAGCCUGACGAGCCGCUUUCAGACAAUGGUCGACUCGGAGGGCUCACCUACCCACACAAACACACAGGAAGAGGAGGAUGAGGAGGACGAUAACGCCGAUGACCUGUCACCCAAGCUGCAGAAGGGCCAGACUAUUCCGAUUGCUGACGCCUUGGGCCACCAGCAGCAGAGGGAGGUGAAGCUUAUGGUCGAUGACGGAAAGAAGAGGCCCGCUCACAAGGUGAUGCAGGGGAAGGCUGCCGCUCCGCGUCGCAAGAGCGUGACGGAGUUGUGGGGCGAUCUGAACAUUGAGGUGGACAUGAUGGUGACGCGGACGAUGAGGAGGGUCGAGUAUAUCGAAUGGGGGCCGACCAAGAUGUUCAAAGAGGUCGUCAGGCGAGACCAUCCGAUAAUGAAGCUCUUCAUCCUCAAUCCAGCGUACGCACCAGACUCCUUGGGGCACACAAUUGCACACGAAGAUGAGUGGAUGACACACGUGUCUCCUCCCGUCUCAAUGCAGGUAUACUGCCGUUCAGCGCGUUUUCUUCUUCGGCAGCAUCAGUCUGGGGAUACUGACAAUGUGCGCCGUCUUCUUCGACCGCACACGCAUGACUGGCGAGGGUACCGAGAACGUGCUGCUGUCCUUCCAGACUUCGGACAUCGCCUGGAAGCUCACCCUGCGGCAGAUCGCCGUGCUCAUCUGGUCUAUCAUCCUCGCCAAACCGGUGGGCCACUUCAGUGCAGCCUUGCCCAUACACGCCCCUUCUGUCCUGUCUGUUGUAUGAUGUCCGUCGCAGGUACCCAUCGUGCUCAUCCUCCUCUUCAGGAAGACUGUGCCUCACAUCAGACCCUCACCCACACGAAUCGGUGAGCGUCUCGCAGGAGGCAUACAUUUGAGACAGUUUUGCCUGCUCUCCACAUGCGUCUGCAGCAGACUACGACGUGCCCGCGGGUAAGAGUUUCUUCCUUGCCAAACGUACUAGUACAAGCUUCGCCAAGAGUGGGCGCCGCAUUGCAGAAAUCACUGGCCGCCACUCAGGUGGGUGGGCAAUAUCCUGCCCUGCUCGGCGUGAUGCAUGGUGUACUCUUUGUGUCUUCAGGCCACUUCCCGCUUGAAAAGAAGACGGCCGUGCUAACACGAUGGCGGGUGAAAGCGAGGAUCGGCGUGGCCAUUGCCCUUAUCUACUGGUUUGUGUGCGCCUCCUUCCUGGUGUUAUUCGCCUUCUCUGAGCGGCUGGAGCAGCACGACAAUCGACCCUCGUACAUCAUAUAUCAAGACUUCGUGUUGGCAUGCUCAGGUAGGUUGCAUGGCACAGCCACUGAGGGAGAGAGAAAGACAUCUAUCACCGUGGUGGCAUUUUUUGUCGCAGUCGAAACCCUCAAUACCUUCAUCCUGCAGCCGAUCAUCAACUUCAUCCUGUUGUCUCUGCUGCUCAUGGCAAUCCUGCGCAUCGGCUUCUGCGACUGGAUCGUUUGGAUGAUGCCCCACUGGUAAGCGAGCGACACAAGGCAGACGGCGAUUGCCCGCCUACGCCAUCCGUGCGCAUGAGGGAUGCUAUCUAUCUAUCAUAUCUAUCUAUAUGAUUCGGUCAGGUUCGACUUCACCCACGUGCAUGCGGUGUCUCUGCAUGAGCUGACCAUCCAACUGCAGGCCAUCACUGACACACAGGAGCUCACGCGGGGCAUCCUGGGGUUUGCUGGAUUAAACAUUGACAGCAUUGGAUUCGUCCAGGACGUUUUCUCAUUCUGA